CGGCUGUACUCGACUUGUAGCUUGUAGUUGAGUCGAUGCCGCAUGUUUUAGCUGAAACAAUCAGUCAAAAUGCCAUCGAAGUCUGCCGGCAGGACCACAAAACAUUGCGUUUACAGUACCUGUAACAGUGAUUCACGAUACAGCCAUCUUCCUUACAUGGAAGGGGUAUUUUUCCUCUCUUUUCCCGAGCCGAGGACGCGACCAGAGAAGUGUGAUCUCUGGAUUCGAGCACUGGGACGAACCGAAUUUAACCGGGAAAAUGUGAAACGACGGACGUACAUCUGCUCCAAACAUUUCAUCGGAGGUAAAGGACCAACAAAGGGCCACCCUGAUCCUAUCCCCGCACAACCGGCUGUAAAACUGAAGAAGACCCACAAGCGUAAAACGAAUCGACUCCAGAAGCAUUUUCCUGGAGGCAAGCCAACAGACAGAAUCUCAGAUCCUGUUCCCGCUGCUCCCACGACCUCAAAGACCUACAAAUCAGCCAGGAGGACACGAGCUCGACACCCAAGAUCUGAACGCCUAGCGUCAAAACGAAGAAAGACACUGAAAGACAUAGUAAGUGCAUAUACUCGACACAAGAGAGCAGACCAUCACUCCAACACCUCAGUUCAGCCAGGGUAUGGCCAUCAAAACAAAGAUGCCUUCACAGUUCUACGUUUGUAUAAAAGAAGCCCUUUGGAUUUCGGAGCAGAUGUGAAAACAAGUUCCCCACGUGCAGUUCAAAAAAUGUAUGUCCAGAAGUUGUGGGUGAUCGAAGUGGAGCUUUCUAAUCAGGACAACUGGAGUCCCAAUUUGGACCAGAAGCCCCCACAGAUCAAGGGGAAACAGGAGGAUGCUGAUAUCACAGAGUUCACUGUCAGUCCUGUCCCUGUGAAGAGUGAAGAUGAUGAAGAGAAACCUCAACCCUCUGUGCUUCUUCACAAACAGCGCUCGCAGAUCAAAGAGGAACAGGAAGAGGCUGAUAUCACGGAGUUUAUUUUCAACGCUGUCCCUGUGAAGGAUGACGAUGAAGAGGAGAAACCUCAGUUUUCAGAGCUUCAUCACGACUGGAACGAUAAGAGCACAGACUCUGUUAGAUCAAGUCCAGAUCGAUACUUAAAAUCUGAUCCAGAGGACAAACAUUCAGAGUCAUCAGAGACGGAUGUCAGUGAUGGAAACUGGGAGGAGAGCAGUGCAGCUCAGCCAGAUCAUUUUCCUGCGUCCGGUGUAAGACAUGACAGCCCUCAAAGACCCCCCUCUGAUGAGAAUCCUUUCAGCUGCUCCGUCUGCGUUCAGUGUUUCAGAUACGGAACAAUUCUACACAAUCACGACGACACUCACACCGGAGACAAACCUUUCAGGUGCAACAUCUGUAAAGCAGCUUUUGGGCAGAAGUUAUUCUUUGUGAGACACAUGAAAAUCCACACUGGAGAGACACUUUUCAGCUUUUAUGAAUGA